AUGCGCAAUGCGACCUUUCGACUGGUCCCGUCAACGUUCAUGGGUGCUGUUGUCCUCAUCGACUCCCACAAUGCUACAGAAUCGCCUCAUCCAGAAUGGCGUCAUCCACUGGUCGGUGUCAUUCUGGCCGGACUCUGUUUGUUGACAGUCUCCGGCAACGUGCUGGUUGUUGUAGCCGUUUGCACAAAGAAGUACCUCAGAAAUCCGACCGGGUAUUUGAUUGUAUCGUUGGCGUUCGCCGACCUUGUAGUAGGAUUAGUAGUAAUGCCGCUGAACAGUUUAUUCGAAAUGACACGACAUGUGUGGCUGUUAGGUAAGUUUUUUAAAUUUUUUUUUCAUUAGUUGUGGUUAAAAUUAGUUUAUUUUUUAAUUUUUUCGAGUUAUUUUUGAAUUUAUGGUGAAAAACGAAGACUAAUAUUUGUAUUUACAGUAUUUUUGACCAACACAAUUUAAUUGUGAUGACGUCCAAUUAAUUACUCUUUUUAGGCCUCACAAUGUGUGACAUUUUCCAUGCCUUGGAUAUCUUGGCAUCAACAAGUUCAAUAUGGAACUUGUGUGUAAUUAGUCUGGACCGGUACAUGGCGGGCCAAGAUCCCAUCGGCUACAGAGACAAGGUCUCCAAACGCCGUAUCCUAAUAGCAAUCGUCUUCGUUUGGGUCAUGUCGGCGUGUAAGUGGGCAUUCCAAUGGAUCCAAAUUAAAAUGCGCAAUUCCGGCCAUUAAAUGGCCAAUAAUAGUAACGCGCACAACUUUCGAGAUUACUUUCCCCAAGUUUUAUAAAUUGCUAAUAGCACAAUGGAACGCCUACAGUAAUAACAAUAUUGUAGGUCUGGCGUUUCCGGCGAUUAUUUGGUGGCGAAAGACGUCGCCCCAUCUCUACAAAGACCAGUACCAAUGUGUGUUCACGGACAACUGGAUCUACGUCGCCUUCUCGUCCUUGGUCUCCUUCUACAUCCCCAUGAUAUUGAUCUUGUUUGCUUAUGGCCGUGUUUUCUUGAUUGCGACACGACACUCAAGACAGAUGAAGGACGGAGUGAAAAAGGUAAGGUUUGUUUGUUGGGGUUUCAACAUACCAUGGGUGUAUAUGUAGAUCUUUACAUAUUAUGCAUGAAUUUCCAUGAGACAGCCACAUGAUAUAAGUUAACUUUCCAUACAGAAUCCGGGGAUUUUCUCAACAAGAUUUAGGAGAUUAUCUUCAAGGAAACAACGUCGACUUCAUUACACAUUUUAAUUUUUAAAUUUCGUUUUGCACUUUCCAAUGGUCACACCGAAGCCAACUUUAUGACACAAAUUAAGACCCAAUGGAUUUUGUUUCAGAGAAUGAUGUACAACAACUUAAGUACAGAAUUAACUUUAAAAAUUCAAAAUAAAUUUUUAAAAAGUCAGAUUUUAGUUACUUUUUACCCAAAUUGACCACAUGAACUGAUUAAGUGCUUUUCAGGUAAAGAACAAGAACUGGCGGCCCGGUUUCGACGACACCGCCGCUCAGCUUCGAAUCCACUUCGGCCGCGCACGACCGAAAACUUCGGCCAUCGCUAAUGUGAUUUUGGCGGCGAAUGGAGCCGCCGUAAACACACAACGAAUCCAGCAGAAAGAAGAAGGAAGUAAAGUCAUUCUGUCCAGAUCUUCCGAGAACGGUCCCGGCAUACAGAAGGCGGUAGGUAAUCAGACGAACUUUGACAUUAUAAUGUUAUUUCACUCUGCUUAAAACCCGAAUUGUGCUAAAUGCAGACACUUGUCUUGUGAUGUCCUGUACGAGCACAAAUGUCAUUGUACUAUGCGAACUUGACGUAUACGAAUAUUUGUUUAGGCGUCGGAGAGAAGCUCCAGCUCGCAAGGGGACUUCGAACGGACUAAAUCCUCCGAAAACUGCGGCAAAGCGGUCGAAAACGGCAAAACUUUAUACAGAAACAUAAACAAAUCCAACUCGACAGUCGGGACGACACGUCGUGAGAACGACGCCGACAUGGUGGGCAUCAACAACAUGAAGAAGGAAGCGUCAAUGGUCGUGCUCAGCAAGGUUUGUAUCAAAUCACAUUACGUUUGAUAUCCUUUUAAGUCGGUCGCGUUGCUCCGGCAUUGUACGAUUACUGUCGUAUGUUUUCCGCCACAGCACGACAUACUGUAAUUAGAUUUUAGUAUUAUGUUAUUUAUGAUGACCAAAACAAAAAGCAAUUUCGCGUUUUAUAUGUCGUAAACUAAUCCGAUCUUUAUCCAGCUACUGUGUUUUCAAAUUACAGUAUGUUUUUGUGUUGCAAUAUGUUCGGUACUACUCCUCUCAUCUUAAAUUAACACAAGUAACUCAAUGUUAAUAUUGUACAUUUGCAGAACGAUGAUGUAAAGACCUGUCUUCUGGCCCAACAGCUGGCCAAAGACAAGAAAAAGACAGGAAUGCGUGAAAAGUCCAGACAGAUGAUGAAGUACGUCCACGAACAACGUGCCGCGAGAACGUUAUCUAUUAUUGUGGGAGCGUUUAUAUUGUGUUGGCUGCCGUUCUUCAUUGUUUCCCCGUUUAUCGCCGUAUGUCCAUCAGUAAGUUUGUUUGUUGUGCCCACUUCAGACAAGUGCUACAGCUUUUCUGCCAAGAAAUAUUGUUUUACACGUUUCAAAACCCGGGUCAAAACAUGCAAUACUUAAGGAUAUAAACAAGCUAAAGCACAUACUAAAUGCCAUUCAUACAUUACUUCAGAACAUUUGCGUGUUCCCCAAAAAAGGUUUUCUGAAUAUUUUAGAGCUUUGCGGCAUAAAAGUAAUUUCCUAAACAGCUCGCAAUAGCCGUUCUGCAAAUGUGAUAAUCAAACCUUUCAUGAAUACAUAACAACUUGACCUUUCAGUGUGUUGGAAACCAUGAGCUGAUCUUCUCCUUGAUCACAUGGGCUGGGCACAUCAACUCCAUGUUAAACCCGCUGAUCUACUCCAGAUUCUCUCGUGAUUUCCGCAAAGCCUUCAAACAAAUUCUGACUUGCCAGAGGGAAAAACCGACCAGAAAAGCCAUCAAGACUCCCCUCAACAUUGUCUUCGCCCAACUGGUAUCCAUCACACAGCUCUGGGAACAGCCUCCUGAAAGCAACUUGUCCUAG